GACGAAACGUGAGCCUGACUAACACAGUAACAAGGCGAAGAGAAGGGCUGAAGAAGCACCUCGGUGUGCAUUUGUGUGAGAACUCACAGGUCGCUCGCAGUCUGUGAUUGGAUUUACAAUGGGUCGAGCGGUGCGCGUCUUCCUCACCUUGGGCGCCGCGCUCGUCGUCGCGCUUUUCCUCUGCACCGUUGACGAACCAGUGAGUCAAGAGCCCCCGCGGGAACCGAGAUCAGAUCCAGUCGGCGAAGGCAGGACAAGGUUGAACGGAGAGCCACGUGAGGUUCAAACUUCGCACUUGCUCAAAGAAGCAAUGAAGCCGCGCCAGGGAAGUGAUAUAACUGGAAACAUCAUUUCCUCGACAAUGAGGAGACUGUUCAACCCAUCGCACUCGCGGCAGCGGCGAGCCACUAUGUUUGCUAAAACCGUCAGCGUCCACUUUAUUGGUCGCGCACCGAACCCCUUGCGUGAAGAUCCUCCAGCGUCGCCAAUUUCUAUGCCAACUAACUCAACAACGAUGACCCCGGAUGAAUCCACCGAUGUCCUUGAGUCCAGAGAUUAUGAAAAAAUACCCUCAACGACGAAAGAACCCACAGUCGUCACUGUCACCGAGGUCUUGGUGACUGAAAGUUUUGAAAAAAGAAAUAAUUCCCUGGGCAACGCAAGGGUCGUGGUCAUUUUCGAGGACUUGCAGGACAUGAAGAGAGAUCCAGUUGUUGCUGAAACUUUGCUAGGAAGCAGCCUGGCGGCCAGACCAGCGGCCACCCUCUUGCUGUGGCUAGUCACAUGCAGUUGUGCACUAGCCCUGCCAAAAUUAGUGUUUUCCGGAUAGGAUUAAAUACAGUCGGCAUUAAAAUUGGACUUGCAACUUCCGAUUGAGAAGCAACUUUUGUUUUGAAAAAGUGUGUAAAGUGCUUAAAUCAUAUUUGUAAAAAGUUCAUUCAUCUCACAAAAAGUUAAAAUAAUUAUAUAAUAAUUAGCUAUAGUGCGGCUUGUUGAUUAAAUAUGGCAGUUUAUUGCUUCAUUCAGUUGUUCUCCUCUUCAUAUAACUCCCGAUAAUUUCAUUUUAAUUUUAGUAUUGUGUAGAGUCUCAUUUCUAGUUUUUAACGUGUUGCAAGUUGCGAUAGGAUUAUGCAGCAGUUUGUUUCACAGGAAAGGGACUUGAGGUGUAUAAACUGCAAGGUCAAAUGUUAGCCAAUAAGUGAAAAACGUCACAUCAUCGUUUCUGGAAUUGACAAAUUGCUCAAUAAAGAGAUUUUUUUU